AUGACUCCCCGAUCCGUGAUCGCCGUUCCAUCCGUGAUGACGUCUUCCGCAUCGUCGCUUACGUCGCCUUCUUUGUCGUCAACGUCCGCUCGAUCUUGGCUGCUGGCCGCUGGCGCCUCGUUCUCAUUGGUCGCCGCGUUUUCCGGCACGGCAACGGUGGCGGCGAAGGAGCGGCCCGAGGUGGAUCUGGGUCGCGACGCGGAGGUGGUUCUUUACCAGUACGAGGCGUGCCCUUUCUGCAAUAAGGUCAAAGCCUUCCUGGACUACUACGACAUCCCGUACAGGGUGGUGGAGGUGAACCCGGUGGGAAAGAAGGAGCUCAAGUGGUCGCCCUACAAGAAGGUCCCCGUGCUCGUCGUCAACGGCGAGUCGCUCGUCGACUCCUCAGCCAUCAUAUCGGAGUUGCACCGCCGUCUGAACCCCUCCAAGGCCACCAACAUCCCUGCCGCCUCCGCUGCUGUUUCCGCCGCCGCGUCCGCCGCGGCGGCUUCCGCGCCUGGCGCGUAUGCCAGCGCCAUCGGCGGCGGGAGUGGCAGCAGCGCGGGGGGGACUAGCAGCAGCGGGGGAAGCGGAGUGGCGGAGGUUGUGGGGCACGUGGGGGAGCGGGGCGUGGCGGAGGGGCAGGCGGAGGAAGAGUUGGAUGAGGAGACCAGAUGGCGCAGGUGGGUGGACGGGCACCUGGUGCAUCUGCUCUCGCCCAACAUCUACCGCUCGCCCUCUGAGGCCCUAGAGGCCUUUGACUACAUCGCCACCAAUGGCAACUUCUCGGCGUGGGAGCGCAUGAUGGCGCGCUACUUUGGUGCGGGCGCCAUGUAUGUGAUUGGGAAGAAGCUGAAGAAGAAGCACGGCAUAGCGGACGAGCGCACCGACCUCUACAAGGCGGCUGACGAGUGGGUGGCGGCUCUCGGCGACAGGAAGUUUCUUGGAGGAGAGACCCCGAACCUCGCUGACCUGGCGGUGUUUGGAGUGCUGCGGCCAAUCAGGCACCUGACAGCUGGCAGGGACAUGGUGGCGAAUUCGAGCAUAGGGCCAUGGUACGAGCGCAUGGAGCAGCACGUGGGGGCUUCUGCCAGAAUCACCGCUGCUGAAGCGGUCGCUGGUGAUGCUGCUUCUUUGGGCAAGUAG